GUCGGGCGGUAAAAAUAGUGAGUGACCGUGUUGUGUUUUCGUACAAGAAAUCUCUCUUGUCACAUUUGUUGACAUCACGAUCGCUUUAGUGCCCGUUCUUUGAUAUUCUAAAUUACGAAUCGGCUUUGUUGUGUACAACCCUGGUGUUUUGUCCUGUGAAAGUGUUAUUUAUAAAUAUAAAUAUGCGCAACUAAAUCAGUAACUAGAAUUUCUUGAAUUUACAACGCUUAUAUAAUACAAUUUCAUUAAACUUUCCACUAAGGUAACAUUUUGUUUUUGAAUUAUGGAUAAACUAGUUUCAAAUUGUAGCGACACACAAGUAUUAAUACAUGACAGAUGUGCGUAGAGUUUUUCUUGUUCGGCUGUGUGUACUAAACGUUUUGCAGUGUUUCUUACCAAAAGUGGUUGAAUUUUUAAAUAGAUUUCACUCCAACUAGUCAAAUAACUGAGAGGAGUGUAGACGGCACAUGGACGUCUCGGCAGAGAGACCCGGAUGAGGUCCACGGGGAAUGUGUUGGUGGCCGCAGAAGCCGGAUGAGGAACGCCAAUGGGCGGAGCCCGACGACUUGACCAUAGUGACCGCCCUUCCGCAUAAUCCUGCCAGUAGAGAGCGCUUCGAUGAGGGCGCCAUGGAGUCCGUCAAAACGCAGUACCUUCCGGAGACCCGAGCCUUCGAGGUCCAGAGUGCGAAUCCUCGGAGAACACCCUCAACACCGCAGAAGCGACCCAACAGUUCUGGUAAGAUCCUGGAACUCACGCCUCUGUGGGAGCAAAUCCUUCGGUACAAUCGACUCCCCCAGAACGUCGAGAAGGUUAAGGUAUUCGCUGAGCUGGCCAUGAGACUGUCAGACCCUGAGUGGGAGGUGAGACAGCACGCUAUGCGAGUGUUGGUAGACUUGAUCCCGGUGAUUCCGGACUCGAAUAACGACCUUGAUGCUCUCAUGAUUCCAGUGGUCCUGACCGAAGUCACUUACAACCUAGAACAUCCGGCGCCCGCGGUCAGAAAAAGUGCUCUGGACGUUUUGUCAACUUACAUUAAGUAUUCCUCAGAUCCGGAGUUUGUUCUGAGGAGUGUUGUAUCUCAAGGGUUAGAAUCACCAGCUGCGAAUUCCAAUCUCGCUAUGAGCGUUUUAGUAUGCAUCCCUCCUUUGCUGCAGGAUUUGCAAUCUAUCCUUACAAAACGUCAGCAGUCCUUCUCUCACCAGAGUCUGGUCCAAAUUGUAACUGCGCUGUCGAAAAAGUUGGUGCAAAACUCGUUCCAGCAAAAAACUAUAGAUGCGAUGGUUAAGAUAAGAGAACUGGUCGGAGAAACAAGAUUUGACCAUUUUCUGGAAAGUUACUACCCACAGGUCAAAAGAGACUUUGAUGUGCUCUGCAAAGUUUUCGAAGUUCGAUCGAACAAUUCCAACUUGGGCGAUUCGGGAAUAGACAUUCAACCUGAGAGCACACAGAUAACGGACACUAAUGACAACGAAGAGGACGAUUGGAGUGAUAACGAAGCACCUCUUCACCGGUCAUCCAACGUCACUUCUUCUACUUCCACUACCGAGAGAUCACGCUUCGAACUGUCCAAGGAAGAACUACACAAACUGGAAUCUAACAGCAAGCUAUUCUCGAGGACCGAAACGGAUUCCAAUGCAGACAGCCAAGAAAAAAGAGACGAGGAUGCUGUUGAUGAAGAAGACUACGCUCAGAGUGAGAGUGACGUGAGUGUGAGAGAACACAACUCUUCGGACACAGGAGAACAAGAUAGUGAAAAUGACAGUGAUGGUGAGAAAGUGGUCAAGAAGAAGCCACAUAUAGAUGAUGUUUUUGGGGAGAUGACUAUUCACGACAAUGAAGACUCUAUGGAUAUUUUAGAUGACGGACGAGUCGUAAUGGAAACCGAGAUUAAAUUCAAUUCAGAGACAGCUAUCACAAUGACCAUACUGGAAGAAAAGAACAACGAAGGGAAGUUGCAGAAUGAAAACACUGUGUCGCUGGAAGAAUCCGAAGAGCAAGGGAACAGAUUUACGAAUGACUUUGUCAUGCAUGUUGUCGAGGACGAUGAGAAUUCCUUGAAGAGGACGCCGAGAAGGGUUCGUUUUGGGGGUGAAGUCGUAAAACUGAGGACCCCAGACAGUGAUGUGACAAUAGAAAUCCAUGAAGUCGACCCGAAAGAAGCGCCGAUUUUAAAGUUCACUGAAACAAAACUAGAGGAAGUUUCAAAAGAACCUCCGAAAACCCCGAAGAAAACGAAAACUAAGAAAAAGGUGGAAGACUUGACCAUUAGUGGGAAAGAGAGUAUUCUGUAUAGUAGGGAGGAUAAAGUUGUAAAACGUCCAAGGUCGAGCCACAUACCACUGCCAAUUGUCCCUGCUCUUUCCCGCCCUCAGCUGCCAUGGAGGAAGAAGCCAGAGCAGCCGACUGAAGAUGAAGACUCAUCUAUACCCAAUUGUGACGGUGGAGAAUCUCUAACAAGCGGGUCUGAAGGAGAACAUCCUCCGCCCAGGUCAGGGUUCCGGGACGUUCGGGUCGCCCAGGAGGCUGAUGAGUGGCAGCGACUUGGGUUCAUUGACCAAGGGCAGCUUGAGAAUCUCGUGAGGAAGGAUGAUUGGAGGGCGAGGGUGCGAGCUUUGGACAAACUAACAACCUCUCUGAGACAACCUGAGGUUGCUAGGUUUGUUUCGGUCAGCAGCAAACACGCUGGACUCAGUCUUCUACUAUUCCUGCUCAAGGUUCUACAUGAUGACCGCAGUCAACGUGUCGCAUGCAGCUCUCUCCGAGCUCUGCGAGCUUUAGUGCAAGCCCUGCCUGUGUCCCACCUGCUGCACGAGUUGCCCUCUGUGGUCCCCGGGGUCUGUCGUCACCUAGGAGGAGGUGCCAGUGUUGCGGUCAAGCUGGAGGCAGUGGAAGCUGUCAAGACACUCAUGAGAACUGUCCGUCCAGCACCCAUCAUCGAAGUACUCUUCAGUGACAAGUGCUUUGGCUCCAAAAGCUCCAGAUUACGAGAGAACUCCCUGCUGUGCCUGCUGUACGCUCUAAUGACGUUCCCCAGUACCGAAUUCCCAGUGGGGCAGCUGGCACGUCGUAUCAUGUCUGCUGCAGUGUCUGAGCCACGGCGCCGGGUGCGCCAGGCAGUUCUAGAGGCUCUGGCAGCUUUGGCACAGUUCAUACCUUCCUCUCUGUUGCGCUUGGACCCUCACGACUAUCCACCACUCCAGAGAACCGAUGUUGACCAUUUCAACAGAGCUGUGCAAUCCCGGCUGCUCAGGAAGGUCCUGCCGUCCAUCUCCCCUGAUGGUCUCAUUCUCUACAGCCUCCACAUUCCCAUCAAUCCGGAUCAUUAUUCAUCAAAUCAAAAUAGAGAUCUGGACAACGGGAAUAUGCCUGCAGCAUCUUUCAGCAUAAAAUCUGUUAGUGGCCAAGGUGCAGAUGCUGACUGGGUUAUGGCAGGAACCGGUGUGCUAUCCAGCGGAUCCGCACGGUCACGUAACCAGCUAGAUAAUGCGCAGAGGGCAUUCAACUCUCCCACAGAACAAAGUGCAGACAGGACUCAAUCCUGGGACAAUGACAUCACGGUUUGCAGGAGUAAUCAGUCAUCAGCUCUAAGGAACAUUAUGCAAACGACGAGGCAAAGACGCACCAGGACACGCAGGCUGACACAAGACAAACACGUCCAUCCUAUGCUUCCAUGCGGCCACUCUACUUAAAUAUUCCGGAUAGCAUCCAUGAUGUGAAUACUUAUGGACAUCCAUACCAGCAAGACCAAGGUUUUCCAAAAGUGAAUGCAACACGUCGCAAUUACUCUGAAGCUCUAAGUCAGACAUGGCCCAUCUCGCAAGGGAAGUUAUCAACUCGCAAGUUGGCAAUACUGGAGCCUCUGGAUCACCAAUACCAGUA